AACAUUUAUUAUGAAUAGAUGUAGGAUUAUAUCAAACUUUUUUUCCUUUCGGUGUUUUUCCUUUAAUCUGUUAAUGUGUUGAUUACAUUAAUUGGUUUUCUAAUGGUUCAUUAUUGGAGUCUCACUGACUAUGUAACCCAUGGCAGUUUGGCUUCUAUUCAGUUAAACUCUUUUUACGUUAAUACUAGGAAGCACUGAUUACUCUCUUCUUGAAACGCUCCUUGUUCUUGGUCGCUUUGAACCCUCAUCUCUUGGUUUCCCUUCUAUGUCUGACUGCCUUUUGUCAUUCUUUUGGAUUCGUCACUGUCUGUGUUCUUGGGGCCCCAAGAGCUCAUCACCUCUUAUGGAACCAAGUGUGUGCUGCUGAACCCCAAAUCUCUGCUUGUAGUCCAGUUCCUUUUCUGAGCUGUAGUCACAAAUAUCCAAGUGCCCACUCCGUCUUUCUGCUUGGAUGACUUCAAAUUAGUCCAAAAUGUUCAAAACAGAACUCAUCAUCUUCUAACUUUUCUUCUUUCCCCUACUUCUUGCUUCCAAACCUGCUCUCCUUCAGGGAUUUCCUCAGGUCACAGUAUUAAGUGCAUCCAGGUGUAGAAGCAGCAGCCAGAAAGUCAUGUUGGCUUCCCUUCCUUUUCACAGGCCCCGAAUCCAUCACCAAGCCUUACUGAUUCUAUUUCCUAAGUGCUUCUCAUAGCAGUGAAUUUCUUUCCAUCUCUGGACAAUAAUCUAGUGAAAGCUACCAUUCUCCUCUUGAAAAUACUACCAAAUCUCUUUAUUUUAAGCCUUGCUCCAUUCAAUAAAUUUCUUUCUUCCUUCCCUCUAGUGAGCUGUAUUACAUUUGUAAAAAGGUCUGACACAUGGCAGGCACUCAUAAAAUACAUUCAUUGAAUAAUAGAUAAAUUAGAUUGUAAAGUUUUCUAUGGAAAGCAAGUAAAAUAUUUGGAUUCAAAUAAUAUAAUAUUUCAGGUGAGGAGGAAAGUACAAAUCAGUGAAAAAGAAUCUGGCCCAUAUUUGCAUGCUAACAUAUUUGACUUUAACUUUUUAAUCAUUACCAUGAGUGGAAAGUUUCAGUUCAUGCCAAUGAUAAAUGGACACACAAGCUGUUUGGUUGGGAAAUUAGUAGCUCUUUCAAAGAAAUAUAAACACUUUCAUGAAAGUAUGUCAGACUAUAUACCUUAGUAGAUCUUUGUGGAUUAAGAUCUGCAUUACAAAAAAAACAGAAAGAUUUCCUUAGACAUAUAUGAAACUAUAUCCAACAGCAGGAAGUUCAGCUUAAGAUGGAAAUUGCAAUAACAGCAAAGAGGAUAAGGACAAGAAAUGCAUACUAUUCUGCAAGAGUUUGCUUAUAAAUUUAUUAUUGAGACAUAGUAUUUGGAAUUUGGAUUUUUUUUUAAUAGAAAAUGUUCCCUGGAUUGGAUGGAAUCUUUGUGAUACUGUCAAUAGUGGAAAUCAUAAUUGAAAUGUUGGGGAAUGUGUAUGGACUGGUAAACUGCUCUAAAUAGGUCAAGAACCAAAAGACCUCUUUCGCUGACCUCAUCCUCACCUGCUUGGCUAUCUCCAGAAUCGGUCAGCUGUUAGUGUCAUUGUUUGAAUCAUUAAUUAUGAGACUGUAUCCACAUUUAUUUUCCACUUACAAGCUAGCAAAACCUGUUACUUUGUUUUAGAAUAAUCACUUGACUGCCUGGUGGGCCACCUGCUUAAGCAUUUUUUACCUCCUUAAGAUAGUGGAGAAAUGACUCCACUCACUUUUCCUCUUGCUGAAGGGGAGAAGAAACAGAGCGAUUCUUGUGAUUCUUUAUAUUUUCUUUCUAAGUUUUGACUUUCUAUUGCUAGAAACAUUCGAAGAUCUCUUCUUGAAUGUCUCUGUAGUAGAUGCCAGCAAUCUGACAGCCAUAUUUGGGUGAAAAUAAACUAUCUAUGUCAAAACUGUGGUCAUUCGUAGCUUGACCUGUUUCAUUCCUAUUGUCCUGUCCCUUAUCUCAUUGCUCCUUUUAUCGGUACUUGUAAGACACAUCAGAGAUUUGCAGCUCAACAACAUGGGCUCAAGGGACUCCAGCACAGAAGCCUAUAAAAAGGCCACGAAAAUGGGGAUGUCUUUUCUUUUCCUCUUCAGGGCUCAUUUUUUCCCCCCACAUUUGGCAAAUUGGAUGUUUCUUGUGUUUUGGAACAAGUUUACCAAGUUUGUCAUUUUAGCAGUCUAUGUUUUUCCCUCAGGCCACCCAUUUAUUUUGAUUCUGGGAAACAGCAAGCUAAGACAGACAGCCUUGAAGGUACUAUGGCAACUUAAAAUCUUGAAAAGAGAACAUCCAUUGCAGCUCCACAGAACGACUUUCCGGAGUCUUUUCAAAGAUAAUAACCUAAUGGGGGAGCCUUGGAGGAUCAAUUUCAUUUCUCCUGUUUUUUUUACUGGGUUCCUAAAAAAAUAAGUGAAGUUUACCCUAGAACACAUUACUUUUGAUGAUAAUUCACAGAUAGUCAACUAAUAUAAUUUUAAGUCAUCAUUUUUGUUUAAAACAUUGGUUACCAAUAUUUUAAAGUCUCACAUAUUCUUUCAAAGAGAAUCUAAAUUAUUUAAUAGCAUAUGCAAAAGAUGUAUGUAAUUGCAACUCCUAGGUGGGGGAAGAGGCAUGCAGCUCUUUAGAAAUAAAGAUAAAUUACAAACUUCAGUAAGGUAAAAGAUCUAUAAAAUAUUUUUCUUUUUGCUUCAUAUGAGAAGGUAUACCCAAUUUACCUUGCUCAAUAUAUGAAUGGCCUCCAUUCUGCUUUCUUGUUUACUGAUGUAUGCUACUAACUUACUGUGAAUAAAUCCACAUACUUGGUGCUUGAGAGCCAUUAGGAUGGUCAAGGAUUUCUAAUGUUCACUGUAGAUCCCUCAUUAGGAUAGAAACUAGCAGGGUGCCUGCUCUCAGAUGUAUUGCAAUUAACCUACUAAGAAUGCCAGUUUCUUAUCAUUUGCUGCAGGCAUGCAAGAUAGUCCUCUGGCCUUUCCAUUGUCCCAACAGCACUGCUGAGAUUCAUAUUUGUGGGCAGUGAAGGUAGGGAGGAAUUGACUUCAGCUGAAAAAAGAUUCAUGACCUGGCCUGGUGGUAAUCCUGCUGGGAAUAGGCUAUGAGGUUUUCUUGUAAAAACUGCAAGUUCCCUCGUGCAUAGUAAUUAAUACAAGAAGUGUACUGAUGUGACUCAAUCCAACCCAGCUGGUGAGAAUUCUGAGAGCUGUGGCAGGGGUUCUUUUCCUGGCCUGGUGUCUGGAA